GAUGGAGAUUUCGGGACGCUCGUCACGGUAGGCGUCCAUCAGCAUGGCAGAGAACAUGAGACUGGAGAGGGUGGGUGCGAGGACACAGCCCUGCUUCACUCCAUUGGUCACUGCGAAGGCUUCAGACAGCGUCCCGUAGUCCGUGACGUGCGCCAUCACCCCGUCAGGGAGUUGUCGUACCAUGUGGGUGAAGUUCUCCGGACAACCAAACUUCUGCAUAACUUUCCAAAGUCUGAGGCGGUUCACCGUGUCGAAGGCUUUUGUCAGGUCCGCAAAGGUAGUGUAGAGCUGACCUGCGGCAAAUAUCAUUUCAGUGGUGCCGCGGUGACGUCAAAAACCACACUGGCCUUCAGACAGGUGCCCUUGUUCCAGGUGGUUAUUCAGACGAUUGAGGAGAAUGCGAGCGAAGAUUUUGCCGGCAAUAUUCAACAGCGAGAUACCGCGAUGGUUGUCACAGACUUGACGGUUCCCCUUUCGCUUGUAGAGGUGGACAAUUGUGGCGUCCUUGAAAUCCUGGGGAAGUUGUCCCUGUCGCCACAUCUCUUGGAACAGGGUGGUGAGGUGAGAUAUGAGUUGUGGCCACCAUAUUUGUAG